AUGACUAUAAAUAUAAGAUGGAGUAGUAAAAUAUGGCAUUUGAUAACGAUUUUUUUAUUAAUAAUUACUAUAAAAAAUAUUUUGAUAAAAUGUUUUAAUCAUGAAGGACAUGAAGCAAUAGGAAUGGUGACUAUGUCAGGAUUAAAAAACAAUCAAUUAUAUGAAUUAAAAAAAAUAUUAAAUGGAAAAGAUAUUGUUGAUAUUGGAAAAUGGAGUCAUUUAGUUCAUAAUAAAAUAAAAGGAGCAGAAAGUAUGCAUUAUAAUUUACAAAAUAAUGAUUGUCAAAAAGCAAUUUUUAAAUGUGAAAAUGAAAAUGGAUUAUGUUUAAUUAAUUCAAUAAGAUAUUUUUAUAACAAAUUAAUGGAAACACCAAAUUCUUCAAAUUCUAGUAAUAAUGAAAUUGAGAAAACAAAAGAAACAACAAAUAAAAUAACUUUUAAAUAUCCCAAAAAUAUUAAUUUUACUGAUUCAGAUUCACUAAAAUAUUUAGUAUCAUUAAUUGCUGAUAUGCAUCAACCUUUGAGAAUUUCAUAUAAAUAUGAUAAUGGAGGAAAAAAUAUAAAAAUUUAUUAUCGUAAUAAUCAAGGUGCUAAAAUAAAAAGUACUUUAUUUGAAUAUAUUGAAAAUGAUCUUAUAAAUAAAAUGAUCGAAAAGUAUCAAUCGUCAUGGUAUAGUGGAUGGACACAUAUUAAUAGAAUUUAUGAUCAACAUAAAAAAGAUGAAAUUUUAUUUAAAGAGAAAGGUAUUAAUGCGAUCGAAAUUUGGGCAACAGAAAUAGUCAAUGAUUUUUGUUAUGAUUUUUAUCUUAAUAAUUAUGUUUCUAGCUUUUUAACAAAUGUAAAGAAUGAAUUACAUUUUAAUACAAAUAAGGAAAUAGAUAUACCAAAAGAUUUAGAAGCACGAUUUGAGAGAUUAAUUAAACUUAAUAUUUUAAAGGCUGGUUCACGAAUUGCGAUUAUAUUGAAUCAUAUAUUUGCUAACAAAACUUUUUCAAAUUUUAGAAAAAUUUCAGAGUUGGAUAAAGGACAAUAUGAUAAACUUGAGAGUUAUACUUCUCCGUCUACAUACAAAAGAAAUGCAUUACUCAUAAACUUGGCAAUACUUUUAUCUAUCUUGGUAAUAAUACUAUACUACAACUUCGUAAUUAAUAAGAAGCGCAAAACAUUGUUACCGAAUAAGAUGGUGGAAGUUGAGCUAAAGAAUAAAUCCAAUUAA